CUUAAAUGGAGAUACGCCAGAUGAUGUGCCUUCUAAGGACAUCCGGAAUACUUAAACCCGACAUCUGACAACUGUCUACACUUCCAACCACGAAACAAACACCUGCUGUUCAAGUAAAAAUGUCAAUCCCUCACCUCCGACACACAGACAACGGCAUUCACCUCAUCGUCAAAGAUAAACCUGUCCUUCUCCUCCCAGGCGAACUCCACAACUCCUCCCUGAGUUCCGCACGAUACAUGUCCCCAAUAUGGGCGCAGAUGAAAGCCCAAUCCAUAAACACCCUGCUCGGCGCCGUAACGUGGGAGCUUAUCGAGCCGGUCGAGGGGAAGUUCGACUUCUCCGAGCUGGACCAGAUUAUCCUCGAUGCCAGAGCUCAUGGGAUAUAUCUUGUGUUGCUGUGGUUCGGGAGCUAUAAGAAUGGGAUCUCGACGUAUGCUCCGGGAUGGGUGAAGAGGGAUGUAGAGCGAUUUCCGAGGGUGCAUGUUUGGGAUGCGGAAAAGGGGGCGAAGAGGACAAUUGAGAUGAUUAGUCCGUUCUCUGAGGAGGGGUGGAAGGCUGAUGCGCGUGCCUUUGGGAAGUUGAUGGCCCAUCUCAAGGAGGUGGACGGCGAGUAUAGCACAGUCGUGAUGGUGCAAGUGCAGAACGAAACUGGGCUUCUGGGGGAUUCAAGGGACAGGUCGAGACUCGCAGAUAAAACAUUCAAUUCUGGAGUCCCCAAUGAUCUCCUGGCAUAUCUCUCAUCAAAGGGCAAUUUACACCCCCGAUUCAUCGAACGAUACGGAAAUGCCCUUCCCAAAGCAGACUCAAUCACCGAAACCAACAUGCACUCCUGGUCCAGCAUAUUCGGCCCAGGAACACACGCCGACGAGGCAUUCAUGGCCUACCACAUCUCCACAUACGUCGGCCAUGUCGCCGAAGCAGGGAAAUCCGCAUACCCUAUCCCGUUAUAUACAAACACCUGGCUGAACUUCGACGACCCCUUUGUUCUCGAUUUGCACGGGUUCCCUAUCGUGGUUGGUGGAGGUGCAAGACCAGGGAUUUACCCCUCUGGUGGACCGUGUCCCCAUGUUAGUGAUAUCUGGCGGUUUAAUGCACCUGCAUUGGAUUUUCUAGCGCCGGAUCUUUACUUUCAUGACUACCAGCUCGUGUGUGGCGAUUAUACAACCCCGGCGUCGAACCCGCUGUUCGUCCCGGAGCAGCGCAGAGACGAGCAUGGUGCGAGAAGGGUGUGGCUUGCGUAUGCGACGUAUGGCGCUCUAGGGACUGCACCGUUUGGAGUUGAUACUGGGGCGGAGAUUAUUGGGAAGGAGUAUAAACUGCUCUCCCAAACAGCGAGGUUUCUGCUGAAUGCAAGCCCGGAGCAGCGCAUGGGGUUCUUUUUUGACGAGAUACCUGAGAAUGGAGGGGCGAAGGGGCGCAGUAAGUGGACAAAAGCGUUUGGUAGCCUUGAGGUCAUUGUCGAGAGGGCGUUUGUGUUUGGGAAGCCGGGUCCUGGGGGCGGGAUGGUUAUCCAGCUGGGUGGGCUGGAUUCGUAUAAAUUUCUGGUUGUAGGUAGGGGUUUCCAGGUCAGGUUUCGUGGGUUGAGUGAGAAGGUGACCUUUACUGGGAUUUUGGAUGCGAGGGAGAAGGAGGCGGAUGAGAAGACUGGGGAGUUGAGGACGUUGAGGACCCUGAAUGGUGACGAGACGCGCAGUGGGGAGUUUUUGAUCAUGCCGAAUGAUGAUCCUGACUAUGGAGGCUUUCCAAUUGCUGUUACGAUCCCGGCCAGGACUUGCAUUGCAGAGGUCGAAGCAUAUACUGUCUGCGAGAGGAUGGUGUAGGGUUGGUUAUGGAUUAGACUGUCAUUCUAGAGUACAAUUAUACUACACAUUACAGAUACGCAUAUCAUGUCA